CGUGAGGGAACAAAACACGGACGGACUGUCAACAAGAGCCACGCUGUUUUUAAAUCAAGUUCAAGACUUCAAGUUCUCUUCCUCUGUUUAUUUUAAACACCACGCUUAAUAAUAAGCAGAGUGAACGGUUUUUCUUUGUCCUAAUUUUAAAAGGCGGACGCUUUUAAAAACCAGCCAUGAGUUUCGUCGACGUGAAAAACCUUGAGCCAUCUAAAUUUGAAGAGAAGUAUUACGAUGAAUAUGAAUAUUAUAACCUGACGGACAAAUACACAGGAAGCGCUGCCCGCAAGGGAAGGACCAAGAAGGAGUCGAGCGACAACACCAACAGACCCAACCCCGGUGGACACGAACGGAAAAUACUGGAAAAGCUGCAGAACAGCGAGAAGAAAGCCAAACAGUGAGAAUGAGGGAACCCCUGACGGCUAUUCUGGCUACCGACCUCGGCCAAUAUUUGGCGACAGAAAGCGAUUAACAGACGGCUGGUUGUUGAGCUCCUGAAAUCACCAUGCUUGCCAUCCAGGUGCUCCGUGUACAAAUCGUUCCGGUUUGAUGUCGGCUGACCGCUGACUCAGCGGACCACCCUGCCCGGGCUGAGAUGGAUGUCUCCCCGGUGUAGCUCUGCUCCACGGCUGAACGGAAGGUUACGAUUCACCCGAUCUAACCUCGUCUUUAUGAUGGGGUCGUUCUGCGACUCUAUGCUACUUUUCGUAUUUUUACUAGUGUGGGGCAGAAUACUUAUGGGAAGUUGUGCAUGUUGUCAAUCUUUUUAUUAAAUAUUUGUACAAAUAUUUUUUAACUGUUUUGACACUGUUUGAUACAAUAAAAAUGUAUUCCCAUG